AUGGAUUCCACAAGCCUAAUUUCUUCUAUGUCAAGUCUACCUCUCUUCUUCGCAAUGUAUUUUACAAUAUACUUGACUGCCCACUUCAUCGUCUUCCGUAAUUGGAGUCCGAAGCUCCGCCCUGAAGCCGCCAGCUGCUUAAUCUCACUUGCCCAUGGCACCCCUGCCGUGAUCCUUGCUUGUCUCGCCCUCCUCGCCGAUUCCACAACUGGGUUCGCCACGAUCAACACUCAUUUUCAGAAUACCGUUCUUGAAUACAGCAUUGCUUACUUCUUAAUGGAUCUUUGCCACUAUUUAACCUUCUACCCAACCGAUAUCCUCUUCAUCGGUCAUCAUUUAGCCACCCUUUUCGUUUUCGUUACCUGUCGAUAUCUCGUUCUUCACGGAGCAUACGCGGUGUUGAUUUUACUUGCCUUGGCGGAGAUCACGAGCUUCUUUCAGAAUGUUUGGACGCUGGCAAGUGCUCGAAGGGAGGAUUCUGAAACUGCACGCCAGGUGUUUGAUCUUUUGUCUCCUCCAUUUUAUGUUCUAUAUUCUGCUGUUAGAGGUUUUGCUGGACCUUUAUUUGUUUACAAAAUGGUUGUUUUCUAUUCGAGUGGGGUUGCUGAUAAUGUUAUUCCCAAAUGGCUUUGGGUUUCUUGGAUUUGUGUUGUUGUCAUGGCUAUUUCCGUUAGUAUACUUUGGAUUUCUAAUCUUUGGAUCGAGUUGUAUAGAGAAAGAAUGUUUAAGCUUGAGAAGGAGAAGAAAAGUACAUAG